ACUGGGACUGGGACUGGGACUGGGACUGGGACUGGGACUGGGACUGGGACUGGGACUGGGACUGGGGGGCGGGUUAGUUGGGAUGGUCCCGCCAGCUCGUUCCCGCCGUUGCCCCUUUAAGGCGCUGCCCUCCCCGCCCCGCUUCCGGUCCCCACGCCGAUCGCUGAUUGGCGGGCAGCCCGCGGCGCGCGCCCAGCCCCACGAGCGCGCACGCGCGGCGCCGGCAGGCCCCGCCCCCCUCUGGCCCCGCCCCUUCCCCGCCGCGCGCUGCCGACGCGCGCGCUGCAGCCAAUCGGCGCUGAGCUCGGCGCGCCGCGGCGGCCAAUGGGAAGCGGCGAGGCGGGCUGGUCGUUUGCAUAAUAGUAGAGGGGCGUGGCCAGGUCUGACCCCAGCCAUGGCCCACAGCGCCAAGCAGCCGCCCGCUGCGAUGCUACAUGCCGUGGGCAAAGCUCAACAUGGAAACUUCCUGGUGGCCAUCAAGCAGGAGAAGGGAGACUCGGCACGGGCGAGUGGUGAGAAGCCACAUGGCGAGGAGGAGCCGGUGAAGAAGAGGGGCUGGCCCAAGGGCAAGAAGAGGAAGAAGAUCCUUCCCAAUGGCCCCAAGGCCCCCGUGACAGGCUACGUGCGUUUCCUGAAUGAGCGGCGUGAGCAGAUCCGCACACAGCAUCCUGACCUGCCCUUCCCAGAGAUCACCAAGAUGCUGGGGGCUGAGUGGAGCAAACUGCAGCUCUCAGAGAAGCAGCGGUACCUGGAUGAAGCGGAGCGGGAGAAGCAGCAGUACAUGAAGGAGCUGCGGGAGUACCAGCAGUCAGAGGCCUACAAGAUGUGUACAGAGAAGAUCCAAGAGAAAAAGAUCAAAAAAGAGGACGUGGGCUCUGCAGCAGCAAACACCCUGCUGAACGGGCACCCGCACAAGGCUGGUGAGUGCAGUGACACCUUCUCCACCUUCGAUGUGCCCAUCUUCACAGAGGAGUUCUUGGACCAAAACAAAGCCCGGGAGGCCGAGCUGCGGCGCCUGCGGAAGAUGAACACGGAGUUUGAGGAGCAGAAUGCCAUCCUGCAGAAGCACACGGAGAGCAUGAACUGUGCUAAGGAGAAGCUGGAGCAGGAGCUGGCCCAGGAGGAGAGGCAGACCCUGGCCUUGCAGCAGCAGCUCCAGUCCGUGCGUCAGGCCCUCACCGCCAGCUUCGCCUCCCUCCCCAUCCCUGGCACUGGGGAAACCCCCACACUGAGCACCCUGGACUUCUACAUGGCCAAACUGCACAGCGCCAUCGAGAGCAACCCGCUGCAGCACGAGAAGCUGGUGGUGCGGAUCAAGGAGAUCCUGUCCCGGAUUGCCAGUGAACACUUGUGAAGAGGAGCAGCCCCUCCUGGAGCCCCGGGGUGGCCGGACCGCAGCCCUGUCCCUUGGGGCCCACGCAAGGAACAGUCUCUGCUGCUGGUCCGGCUGCUUCCCCACCCACCCCACACACCUCGCUGGAGAAAUGAGCUGGGUCCCUCUCUGAGGGCCUUGAGCUUCUGGGGACCAAGUGGUGACAGGGCUGAGGGACACAGUGGGGUGCUGUGUGAGAUGCUCAGCAGUGGGUGUGCUCAUCCCUCCUGUCUCCUGCAACCUCCCCAGCUUCUGCCGCUCCCCCUCACCAAAGCAGCAUCUCCCCCCAGGCUGGUGGUGGAGAGGAGGUGCUGCUGGGGCUCAGCGCUGCCUUGGGGCCCCAAGACCAGCCCAGGGACCCCCUUGGGCCUGUCCCCGAGCAGGUGAGGUGGACACCUUCCUUCCUUCCCUCCACCUCUUGCUUUAUUUAAUCACCCCCCUGCCCUGUGGGUGCCUUCAGCCCUCUGCCCAUGUCACCUUGCCUGUCACCUCUCCUUUCCCCACGCCCCUGGGUCCAGGCAGGGCAUCUCCUCCCCUUUGCAGCAGGGAAGGCAAAAAUCUUCAUGCUGGGGGGGAUUUGGCCUGACUCCCUCCUCCCCAGGGCGAGGGGUGCAGGCUUUUUGCUCCUGCUGCCCUGCCAAAGCCUGUCCUGCAUCGUGGGACCACUGUGACAGCAGCCUUGUCCUGGCUGAGGAGCGCUGGGGCUGGCUGUCCCCAGGGCUGCCUGUCACUAAUCUCAGACUGUGUAAUUAGAGAGUGUCUUAUUUUCUUACUAGCACUAUGUUACUCUGACCCUGGGUUUACGCUGGGGCUGGUGUGUGACCACCCGCCUUUCUCCCGCGCUCCGCGCUCUCUGGCCGAGUCUCCUGGUUGCCAGCUCCUGGUGGCCACUUCACUUGGGUUGGAGGUGGGAGCAAAUAAAUGUGGGAGAAAGAACCA